UUACUUUAAAGCAUUUAUGAGUAUUAAUGUCAAUAUAAAUGAGUGCAAACUCCAAAACUUUUGUUUUUUGGCAUUUUAAGAGAGCGAAGUGUUGUUUAGGAAGAGAUGAAAUCCCCUUACGGGCUGUUUACUGUUUGUGUAUUGACUGCCUCUGUUUGGCUUAAGCUAGUUAAUGAGCAGCUCGGAGGAAGCUGCCACUGCUGCAGAAGCUCAGGUUACCUUUCACAAGGCUAGCCGAUUCUUAGCGUGACAUUUCCAGGAGAACUGAGAGCGGAAGACAGGGAGUAAGCAAAUCACACCAUGCUACCUGACAAGGACGGUCCAGUCAUUGGAGGGGGUCAGGGCUCCCCUGAAGGAGAGGACCCCUCUGUGACUCUGUUCAGGGAAUACCUCCGGCUUAAAACCGUCCACCCUGACCCCGACUAUGAUUCUGCUCUCAGGUUCUUGGACAGAAUAGCUGAGGAGCUGGAGCUUCCCAUGAAAAAGAUUGAGGUCUGUCCAGGCAGAGUGGUGUCUAUCAUGACAUGGGGAGGGACGAAACCCGCCCUAAAGUCCGUCUUGCUCAACUCCCACACAGAUGUUGUACCUGUUUACCAGGAGCACUGGAGAUACGAUGCUUUCAGUGCUAUGAAAGAUGCUGAGGGUAACAUUUUUGCCCGUGGAUCUCAGGACAUGAAAUGUGUGACUAUACAGUACAUUCAGGCGGUCAGAAGGCUGAAGGCGCAGGGAUGGAAACCAUCACGCACUGUGCAUUUAAUGUUUGUUCCUGAUGAAGAAGUUGGAGGCCAUAAGGGAAUGGAAACGUUUGUGACGCAUCCAGAGUUUCAAAAGUUAAACAUCGGCUUUGCUCUCGAUGAAGGUCUGGCCAAUCCUGGUGAGGCUUUCACUGUGUUUUAUGGAGAAAGGAACCCCUGGUGGAUUACUGUCCGCUGCCCGGGGAGCCCUGGUCAUGGCUCUAGGUUUGUGGAAAACACAGCUGCAGAAAAACUUCGACAAGUCAUCAACUCUUUUCUGGACUUCAGAGAGAAGGAGAAACACCGGUUAAACACCAGUGAGUGUUUCACACUGGGAGAUGUCACCACUGUGAAUAUGACCAUGGUCAAAGGAGGUGUGGCCUACAACGUCAUCCCAGUUGAAAUGGAUGUCAGCUUCGACUUAAGAAUCCCCCCCACAGUAAACCUCCAGGAGUUUGAAAAGCAGAUCAAGCAGUGGUGUAAAGAUGCAGGAGAUGAUGUCACGUAUGAGUUUGCUCAGAAACACAUGAACCAGAACGUCACGUCCACAGCUGAGGACGACCGCUGGUGGAGCGCUUUCAGCGCCGCCUGCAAGUCAUUGAAUAUGACUUUGGAAAAGGAGAUAUUCCCAGCUGCCACCGACAGCCGUUUCAUCAGAGCAGUGGGGAUCCCUGCGAUUGGCUUUUCUCCGAUGAACAGGACCCCCAUUCUGCUGCACGAUCAUAACGAACACCUGAAUGAGCGAAUCUUCCUGAACGGCAUCGGCGUGUACGAGAGGCUCAUCCCGGCUCUGGCCGCUGUUCCUGCCUCACCUGAUGAGGCUUAGUCAAUCUUUAAUCCUCUCCGAAACACUUUUUGCUGGCUGUGUGAAUAUCUAACUUGAGGAAUUUGCAGAGAUUACCAAAGAAUAACAUGUGUAUGAUUAAGCCAAACUGAGCACUUAAACUUUGAUACUUGUUAAUUUUGGAUUAUUCUCAGGUAGUUUUGAAUUACAUCAAAUUGCAUCAGAUCCAUAUCAUCCUAAAGAAAAAGCAUUACCUAUUGUGCUAAUGAUUGUUUUCACUUGUAUAACCAUUAUGUGAUGAAGAUCACGCAUUUAUUUAAUUCUAAAUGAUUGUUCGACAAAUACAGUCUUGUUUAAUAAACAAUAGAAUAAUGAA